AGUGCCGUCGUGGGAAUCACUCACUUUGCAGAUCUGAAAACGUACGUACGUGAAUAAAACAAUCAACCAAAAAAACGAAAUUACGUUAUUUAAGUUAAAAUACUGAUUUGCGCCUGCGAUUGUUGUUGUCAGUCACAGAUCAUCGCUGUUCUUCAUUCUUCAACUUUGUUUCACAUCAAAACACAAAAAUGGAAGGGACUGUUUUCGCUGCUACAUUGGAAGGAAUAAAGCAUGUAAAGUCUGAACAGGGAGAAAUUCUGUCACAGCCUUUCUUGGAUGUGUGCAAGCAUAUACUUCCUGUUAUAGAUAAGUUUGGAGCUGCUAUGACCCUUGUCAAAUCUGACAUAGGUGGUAAUAUAUCGAGAUUGGAAUCCAAAUAUUUAUCUAAUCCAACCAAAUUCAACUGCCUGUAUAGUUUGGUACAAAUAGAAGUUGAAACUAAAACUGCCAAGGCAUCAUCCAGUUGUACCAAUGGACUUCUCUGGCUUACAAGAGCAAUGGAUUUCUUGGUGGCACUGUUCCGAAACUUAAUUGAGCAUGCGGAUUGGUCAAUGUCACAAGCCUGUACUGAUUCCUAUAACAAGACUCUAAAGAAGUGGCAUGGCUGGCUUGCUAGUUCAAGUUUCACUGUAGCGAUGAAGCUUGCUCCUGAUAGGAAGAAAUUCAUGGAGGUGAUACAGGGAGGUGGUGAUAUCAAUGCUGACAUUGAGCAAUUUUGUACUAGCUUUUCUCCUUUCCUUGAAGAGAAUCACAAGUUUCUGGCUCGAUUUGGAUUGGAUGAUAUGAAGGCUUCAUGAAGGAUGGAUUCAUGGACAGAAGUCUAUUGAGGAAUGGCUCUUGCAUUCUCACUCUCUGUUUUGUUUGAGUCCUUAAACUCUGUGUUUCUCUAUUGGCAUCCAAAAUAAUGGACAUGAUAACAAAAUUAAUGACCUAUAGUCAUUUACCUUACAAAUGACUUGUUUUUUGUUUGGUGAAUGGAAUGUUGGGAUAAACGCAAUUUGGUUUGGCAAGAAACAAACUUAUUGAACUAUAUUCGCAUGCGGUUAAUAUAAAUAUUGAUUAUCUAUACAAA